AUGCUGAGCGCUCUGAUCCUGCUGCUGAACCUCGGAGGAGCUGCGGCUCUCAAGAUCUGCUCCUUCAACAUAAAAUCAUUCGGAGAGAGCAAAAUCUCCAAACCAGAUGUGCUGGACAUCAUAGUAGAGAGCAUCAGUCGCUGUGACCUCAUGCUUGUCCUGGAGAUCAAAGAUGCAAAAGGAAAAGCGUUUGAUCAACUCAUGACUCACCUGAACAGCAGGUCCAGGACACGAGCAAAUGAAUUUAGCUCCGUCAUUAGUGAGAGACUCGGGAGAAAGUCAUACAAGGAGCAAUAUGCCUUCAUUUACAGGCAGAAGAUGUUGUCUGUGAAAUCCGUCUAUCAGUAUCCAGACGCUCAAACCGGAGAUGAAGACGCUUUUGCUCGAGAACCGUUCGUCGUGUGGUUUUCGUCUCCAAAAACGGAAGUCACGGAUUUGGUCAUCAUUCCCAUUCACACGGCUCCAGAAGCGGCUGUGAAAGAAAUCGACGAACUCUUCGACGUUUAUCAGAACGUUUCUCAACUGUGGCCGUCAGACAACUUCAUCAUCAUGGGGGAUUUCAACGCCGCCUGUGGUUACGUUCCAAAGAGACAGUGGGUGAACAUCCGUCUGCGCUCGGAAACUGAGUUUGUGUGGCUGACGGGCGACAAGCUGGACACAUCGGUGAAGACAUCUACCAAAUGUGCUUAUGACAGGGUGGUCCUCCGUGGAGAGAAGAUGAUCGAGGCUGUGAAUCCUGAAUCAGUGGAGGUGUUCAACUUUAAAGAGGAAUUUGGCCUCACUGAGCGGGAGGCUCUGGCAGUGAGUGAUCAUUUCCCGCUCUGCAUCACUGUAAAUCAAGCGCAGACGAAAGGAUAACAACCUUCUCCAUUUA